GACAUGUAAAAUUCCAAAAGUCCAUCUAAUAGUGACAUUGUUUGUGACGAUUCGGCUACGAAGCAAGACUUAUUCUGACUUCGCCGGAGCCGCAAAAUAGUUGUCAAAAUGGCGGGCGAAGGUUCUGCAAAUGUGAAUCCAAAUUGUGAGGUCGUUCGGGGACAAACAUUCGAAGUUGGCCCACGAUAUACGAAUUUAUCGUACAUGGGCGAGGGUGCUUACGGGAUGGUCGUAUCUGCUUAUGAUAAUGUAACGAAGACAAAGGUAGCUAUUAAAAAAAUUUCACCUUUUGAACAUCAGACAUAUAGCCAGAGAACUUUAAGAGAAAUAAAAAUUUUGACUAGGUUUAAGCAUGAAAAUAUAAUAGAUAUAAGGGAUAUAUUAAGGGCACCUACUAUAGAACAAAUGAAAGAUGUAUAUAUUGUUCAAUGUUUAAUGGAAACUGAUCUCUAUAAACUUCUGAAAACACAGGCUAUUAGUAACGAUCACAUAUGCUAUUUUCUGUACCAAAUAUUAAGAGGAUUAAAGUACAUUCAUUCCGCAAAUGUAUUGCACAGAGACUUGAAACCAAGCAACUUGCUGUUGAAUACCACCUGUGACCUUAAAAUCUGUGAUUUUGGUUUAGCCAGAGUUGCCGAUCCAGAGCAUAAUCAUGCUGGUUUUCUUACCGAAUAUGUAGCGACAAGAUGGUAUAGAGCUCCAGAAAUAAUGCUCAAUUCAAAGGGUUAUACUAAGUCUAUAGAUAUUUGGUCGGUUGGUUGUAUUCUUGCAGAAAUGCUUUCACGGCGAGCAAUAUUCCCUGGCAAGCAUUACUUAGAUCAACUGAACCAUAUAUUGGGAGUACUUGGAUCACCAUCUACCGAAGAUCUUGAGUGCAUUAUAAAUGAAAAAGCGCGAAAUUACCUUCAAUCUCUACCGUACAAACCAAAGGUUCCAUGGACAAGCCUUUUCCCUAAUGCUGAUCCACGAGCUUUAGAUCUUUUAGAUAAGAUGUUAACUUUUAAUCCUAACAAACGAAUCGUUGUAGAAGAUGCACUCGCGCAUCCUUACUUAGAACAAUAUUACGAUCCAGCUGACGAACCUGUCGCGGAAGAGCCAUUUAGGUUUGACAUGGAGCUAGACAAUCUUCCAAAAGAGGUGUUGAAACAGUAUAUCUUUGAAGAGACCCUACUAUUCCAGGAGAAUCAUCAAGAGAACCCUAUGUAGUCUACUGCUGGAGUUAGUACGCAAGCCGACCAAAAAGGAGGCGAAGAUGUGGCGUCAAAGUAACAGAAGUGUACUUCUUUCACAGUUGUCUACGAUCGAAGCAAGAAAAACCAAAACAUUCUACGAGGACAUUAUAAUCGAAGAAAAUUAGUAGCAGCGACGACCAUUGGCGAGAAACGGGAGCGGUAAAUGAGGUAAAAAAACACCGCAGUGUCCGUGCAUAUACUUGUACAUUCGCAUGUCUUAACCGGAAAAAAAAAACAAAAUACAGUGUUUCUUUUUUUUGUUACAUUGAAUUGCAUAAUAUUAAUUUGUACAAUAACUUUUAUUUAUCCCGAAUUAUAUGUAGGUAACGCUAGUUGACGAUUUAUUGUUAAUCACCGUAUCAUACACAUUGUCUGUGAUUUAAUUGCCGAGCGAGUGACGUGGUCGGUGUAAUGUGCGAGAUAAUUAUGAGCCACGUAAUAACGGCGACCGAUAAGAUGAAUGCGCGCAGAGAGAGAGAAAGAGAGAAUGCUUGUAACUGAAGUAUAUAGAUAUAUACGUAUAUAAAUAUCAGUGUACUGCGAAACAACAGCCAUUAAAUUCAUCCAAGUAUUUGACGAUAGUUUCCUUAUUGUCAUUAUGUAAUUUUCAGUGUCAUCAUUUUUUAUAGUAGCUGCGGAAAUUCAUUUUUUUGCCUCCAUCGGACUUAGCUUGUAGAAGAAAGAAAGAGAGAGAAUGAGAUGGGACGACAAGAAGAAGGAGAAAAAAUGAGAAGAGAGUGCAUGCGAGAAAGAGAGAAUGAGAUAGGCGCAUAUUUAAUUCAUAUAAUUAAUUGCAACCGAUGCAACUUCCACUUCUACUAAGCCAUUUAAUUGCGCCUUGGUUUACCAGCUACAGGUAUUAUUACACUGAUACUGCCAUUCUUGUGCGAUAGAACGCAUGGUGUCUGUUUGAAUGCGGUGUCUGUAUUGUUUAUUUUAUAUACAUGUUUCUGAUCUUUUUACAUGCUUUAAUGUACCAUAUUUUUCUUUUACAUUCAAGAAUUUUUCACCUUGUCAUUCAUAAAUAACUUGAAUGUUCUUUCAUAAAGUCCACUUGUCGGCGGACACGAUUUCCGGGAUUCAAACAAUCACCAUGUGAGUUAAAUGUACGAUACAAAAUAAUGUUCUUGUUUCGAUUCGUAUGUUUUUUUUCGCUCUAAAUAUACAUGCGUAUACUCGAACAGAUUCUUUUUUGAUAUUCAAUAUAUAGCUCUAGUUGAUACAGCAUCCUUGGAGAUAUGUGGCCGUGACAAAUGGAAAAGCGAUUUGAUCUGUGUAUGUAUGCGAACGUAUCAUCGACGGUAAAAAGCUUAGCCGAUUGUGAUCACGAACGCAGCAGAAGUCGAGUAAUCAUUAAAGCACAAGUAAGAUAUAAA